AAACUUCUCAUAUUAAGAAAACAGAAAUGGCUGCGUGCUGAUUAGUGAUUGUUUUCCUUCAUUUCUGGCUUGUAGUUACUUUGUUACCAAUGGAUCAAGAGUAUAUCCAGAGUUACCAGAAGAGAUGACAAGGUUGAACCAUCGAAAGAAGAGGCGGCUUCAGAUCUGAAAACCUUCAGUAAUCUUCCUUCUUUGAAGAUUUCAUUAAUGGAGGAUGUGGAUAAUGGACAUUUGCAGACUCACAAAGCAUAUGAAGAUGACUGUCAAACAGUCAAGAAGCAAAACAUUGACUUGCUGAAAAAUUGACUUUGUUCAAACCAAAAAAAAUAAGAAUAAGUAAAAAAAAAAAAGCAACAAAAUAGAAAUAAAUCGAUUGUCUUCACUUUUAAGUUCUAGGUUUUUAACAAAGUGUAAGUGAGAGCAGUAACUACUUGACAAGUAGCAAUAAUGACAUAAUGGUAACUGCAUUAAAACGGGGUGCUACCAUGUAUCCAUAUACAUAAGUAUUGCCAUCGGCUGAUCUACAUGCAGCACAUGAGUCCAUCUGACCAAGCUUUCCUGUCACAAUGCCACUUACUGCCUACAAGUGGACUCUGCUGCUGCUGACUGCUGUGCUGCAGUUAAUGCUUUGCCGUUUGCUGUCAGGAUGGCAAACUCAACCUUUUGUAGCUGAUAGUCAUGGACAUGUUCAUUCACAACCAAAUAAUUUAUUUUGGGGUUGUAAUUUCUCAACAUCAUCAUCAGAAGAGUAUCUUCAUGUGGACUUCUCUAGCAGCAUAGUUGACAGUGAAUUUAUUGUUUCAUUUGAUGGAUACUACAAGUCAAAUGCAAGGAGAAGGUUUAUUAGUGCAGCACUGCAAGAGACUGGCACCUCUUGGAAAAUUCUUCCUCGUAUCAAUCCUGCAUACAGUUAUCCAAGUGAUUUUGAUGUUGUACAGAUGCAUGGCAUGUUGAGAGAAGGCGUGGAUGCAUUAGAAGGCCACCCUCUUAUCAAACGUGUCACACCUCAUCGGAAGGUUACUCGGACCCUUAAAUUUACCAACGAAGCAGCUGCCCCUGGAGAUGAUGAAAAAUAUUCAGGGCCUAAAUCUUUCUCCUGGAAUGAUACCAACACUUUUAAGGAAAACAGAAAGGGGUGGACAGAUCCACUUACCUUUCACUCCUCUCGCUCCUUUGGCUCUAACAGGAAGAGUCUGUCUUUGAGUACUGUAUGGGGUGCUAGCAACCAUAAGUCUAGACGACUUCUGAGAUCAGUGCCAAAACAAAUCACAGGUGCCUUACAGGCUGAGAUGUUGUGGAGUCUGGGGUUUUCAGGUGCCGGUGUGAAGGUGGCAGUGUUUGAUACAGGGCUUGCUUUAGAUCAUCCACAUUUUAAAAAGGGCAGGAUCAAAGAUAGAUCUAAUUGGACCAAUGAGAAAACACUGGAUGAUAGUCUUGGACAUGGAACAUUCGUGGCAGGAGUCAUUGCUAGUCAUAAAGAGUGCCUGGGUUUUGCUCCUGAUGCAGAUGUUUAUGUGUUCCGUGUUUUCACCAAUAAUCAGGUAUCCUACACGUCCUGGUUUCUUGAUGCCUUUAACUAUGCCAUCCUAAAGAAGAUCAAUGUUUUAAAUCUGAGCAUCGGUGGCCCAGACUUCAUGGAUCAUCCUUUUGUUGACAAGGUGUGGGAACUAACAGCUAAUAAAGUCAUUAUGGUGUCAGCUAUUGGAAAUGAUGGGCCACUUUAUGGAACCCUGAACAACCCUGCAGAUCAGAUGGAUGUUAUUGGUGUGGGAGGGAUCAAUUUUGAGAACCAAAUAGCUCGCUUUUCUUCAAGAGGGAUGACUACAUGGGAGCUUCCUGGUGGUUAUGGCCGUUUGAAACCUGAUAUUGUAACCUAUGGUUCUUCUGUUCGAGGAUCUGCUCUUAGUGGAGGUUGUCGUUCCUUGUCUGGCACAAGUGUUGCAUCCCCAGUUGUGGCCGGUGCAGUCACCUUACUGCUCAGUGCAGUUUUAGAGCGAUCACAUGUGGUGAACCCCGCAAGUGUCAAGCAAGCAUUAAUGGCAUCUGCUCGUCGUCUGCCUGACGUGAACAUGUUUGAACAAGGCUAUGGAAAAUUGGACCUUCUGGCAGCUUACCACACUCUCCGGGCCUACAAACCUCAGGCCAGCCUAAUUCCAAGUUACAUUGACCUAACAGAAGAACCAUACAUGUGGCCUUACUACACACAACCUCUCUUCUAUGGCAGCAUGCCCAUAAUUGUCAAUGUUACAAUUCUCAAUGGCAUGGGUGUAUCCGGAAAGAUUGUAGACAGACCUCAGUGGGAGCCCUAUAUCCCAGAGAAUGGAGACCUUGUAGAGGUGGCAUUUUCGGCAUCCUCACAUCUUUGGCCUUGGUCAGGAUUCUUAGCCAUCUCUAUUACCGCCACUAAGGCUGCUGAAUCAUGGGAAGGCAUUGCAAAAGGACAGGUUAACCUUACCAUCGAGUCUCCGCCAGAUGAAGAUGAAAAAGAACCAAGGCGAUCAACAGUCACACUUCCAAUCAGAGUGAAAAUAAUACCCACACCACCCAGAAGCAAAAGGAUUCUCUGGGAUCAGUAUCAUAAUCUUCGUUAUCCUCCAGGGUACUUUCCCCGCGACAACCUGCGUAUGAAGAAUGAUCCACUUGACUGGAAUGGUGACCAUAUUCAUACCAACUUCAGGGACAUGUACCAGCACCUUAGAAACAGUGGCUAUUUUGUUGAGGUUUUAGGUUCGCCAUUCACUUGCGUAGACUCCAGUCAGUAUGGAACUCUUUUAAUCGUCGAUCCUGAAGAGGAGUAUUUUCCUGAAGAAGUAACAAAGCUAAAACGUGAUGUGGAUAAUGGGCUGUCUGUUGUCAUGUUUGCUGACUGGUACAAUGUAUCUGUCAUGAAGAAGGUCAAGUUCUAUGAUGAGAACACACGUCAGUGGUGGAUGCCAGACACUGGUGGUGCUAAUAUUCCAGCCAUUAAUGAUUUACUGAUGCCUUUCAACAUGGCUUUCAGUGAUGAAGUCUUUGAAGGGGAUUUCACUAUUGGGGACCAUGAAAUGCACUAUGCUUCUGGAACAAGCAUUGCCAGAUUUCCUAAAGAUGGAUAUUUGCUGAUUCAGACAUUGAAGAACCAAGGCCAUGAAGUGUUGAAAGGGGAAACACAGACAAAGGAAGGAGUUCCUAUACUUGGCCUUUAUCAGUCUGCAUCUCAGCCAGGAGCAGGACGCAUUGCAUUGUAUGGGGAUUCCAACUGUCUGGACACCAGCCAUCUGCAGAAAGAUUGUUUCUGGAUGCUUAGUGCCAUCCUUGAGUUUACCGCCCACAAGGUUCUGCCAUCCAACUUCUUCCUUCAGGAAUCUAUAGAGCUGCCUCCCAUGGGUGACUUGCCAGAGAGAAUGGAAGGAAACCAUCUGCACCGCUACUCUAAAGUGAUUGAGGGCAAUCUGGGAAAAUCGAGAUCAAGGCCCUUGCCACCUUGUCCAAGCCUUAACUGGGCCAAGCCUCAUCCUCUGAACAAAUCAGCACCAAGUACCUUGUACCAGCAUCAGAAACUGAUGUCCAUUGACAUAGAUUCUGCAGCCAUGGUCAUCAACAACAUCAACAAGCAGCGUGACGACAAUCCUCAGGCCCAAAGUGGUAUCAAUGCCGUCCCUCAAAGAAAACCAGGCUUUUCUCUCAACAUGCCCAUCCCUGGCCAGCAGCUGAUGAACGAGCAUGCCACCUUCUUCCCUGUUUUAGCUGUGCUAGGAACCUGCAUGGUGGGGCUGUUCCUCUUCAACCAGUGCUGUAGAGGGCGUAAAAAGAAAAAGAAAGGUCGUCCACGCAAACCUCUGCAUUUGGGACUCAAGAUGUCUGGAGUGUGAAAGUGUGUUUGAGGGACUGAAUGUAAAUACUAGGAAUUGAUGUUGAGAAAGUGGUGAAUACUGAAUGAAUGCAAGAGUUAAGGUGACUGAUUUUUGAUGAAUGGAUUGAUCACAUGUUCCUUGCUUUAUGCUGCCAAAAUUUGGGGUAAAAGCAUAAUUAAUUGUCUCUCACUGUCUUAAGAAUCAUCGUGAAAAAACUGCAGAGUUUGAAGGGAUAGUGGAGGAUGAUCCUGCACAUUCACAACGCAUAUCAGAAUACAACAGAGCAAAGGCAGAUUGUAAUGUACUUCUCUAUGAAACAGUAGUGGCUGAGUGCAAAUUUAUCAAUAAAUUUAAAUCAAGGAACAAAAAUAAUAACUAUCAAUGACAGAAUGCUAGAUACGUACUAAAAGAAUGCAUUUAAACUGGUGUUCAAGACAGCUGAGUACAUUGAAAAUGUGACUUGGGUAUAUGUCAUGAGGAUUCCCUUGGUACCUGUGUUUGAUUGCUGCAUAUUGGCAGCUGGAAAAUAGUGUGUGUAUGUUUUGCUGUGUAAAUGUAGCCUGAAUGUUUUCUGUGCUUCAGAAAGUACAUGCUUGACUCAGCUUGGGUCAGCAAGAGACUGAAAUUUUGAGCAGUAGAAUUUUGAGAUUAAAAUGUUAAAGAAUACAAAAUUCAGAUAGAUUUUAAUAACUUGCAAAAAUGAGGAAAAGGAGUUUGUGGGGGGGCCUUGGACAUGUAAAAUAUAUGACUGUUUAUGGCAGGUAUGCUCUUGGACAUUGUACAAUUUAUAGUGAGGACUGAAUGUAGUAGAAAAUUUAUAGGUAUGGAUGCAUAGAAGUAUUGUUUUUUGUUUGCUAAUUUUUUAAUUGAAUAUGGAGAAUACUUUCAAGGCCUUAGUUUAUUCUCCUCUCUAAGCAGAUUUUUGGUAGGGAGAAGACCAUGAGAUGUUAGCCCACCCAGCUGCUCACUACUGAGCAUUGCCUGCACCAUUUGGUCCUGUCUUUUCUUCAUCCAAAGAUAUGGCCUGGCCAAGUGAUCAGUGUCCAUAUGGAAGUAGGAAUCCAAAGACAGGAUCCACCCUAUUAGAUCUCAAGAACAAAUUCUGGGGAUCAGAAGUAACCAAUAAAAAGAAUUUUUAUAUGACUGAAAUAUUUAGUGCAGUUGUCUUGGGGCCAACUGAUAUCCUAAUAGAUAAAUAUACUGUGAGAAUGGUCUUUGACAUUAGAUCUACAUCAUUGUGACUUCUGUUAUCAGAUACCAACCGAAAUGAUCAUUUCAUAUUACAUUUCUGAAUACAGCUUUCAUCUUUAUAUGUUGUCUAUUCCAUAUCCGUAUGUUUGCAAGAGGUAGGACACUACUUUGGUGGGCAUCAUAUUUCACUGUUCCCUGGACUUGUAAAUAUUUCUCAAGCAUUGAAGAUGUUAAAUAAUUUUGUUCAGUAUUCUGCCUUUCACAGUUCAUGAAAUUUCAGAGGUUGCUUGUUUUUUUUAUGUUUUUUAAUUUAACAACUAUUGUGUGGGUUUUUCCCCACCUGAAAAGACAAAUCAGUUCAUAGACUUGUGGUUUGUCUUGAUUGCAAUGACAAUACUUGAAAACUGUUUUUAUUAUAGCUGAGUAAAAGUUACAGUACAUGUUAAUGAAAAUGUUUGUGUUUAAUCCAUCAUCAUUUUUUGUAAUCUGUAGACUAAAGGUGUUUACUUUCACCUGGUUAAUCAGUGAACAACAACCAUCUGCAUAUUAAUUUAUUUUUCAGACUUGCAGUGUUUGUAGAGGGUUGCUGAAACAUAUAAACUGGAAUGCUUUCAAAAAAUUAUUUUUAUUUGCAGUCAGAUAAUGAAUCUGUGUGCUAGGGUGCAUGUGUGUGUGUAGUUAAAUGCAAUCAAGGUACACUUUAUGGCAUCCUUUAAAAAAACCCCUGAGUCAUUGUAUUCAUGUUAUGUCUACAGUUCACUUCAAAAUAUGCUAGACCAUUUCAAUUCUUUUAGGAAAUUUUUAUUUUGAGUGACUACCUUUAAAGUUAUGUCUUCUUUAAAAUUUAAUUAAAUUUCACCUGAAGGCAUGAGUAAAAUGCUAUUGCGAGUAUUAUAAGAACAUUUUCUCUAGAGCAAUUUGCCCCCUCUCCAAGCCCAUAAUUAGAAAGAUGAAUAUUUGCACUGACAGAUUCAUUUUUUUAUUGUUUAAAAGUUUUCCUCAUGCCUAAUUGGUAUCGUCUUUCUAGAAUGUAAGAGUCUGUAUCCAUAUGAUAUUGUUUUCACUCUAGAUACCAUUUUUCUAAAAUUCCAUCACCUUUAUUGCCCCUGAAACAAGACUUUUUUAGUUUCAUUUUCUUUUGCCGCAAUUCACUUAGUCUCAUGGAGAAUGCAGAAACUUGCCUUAAUUGAAGGAAAAUUUAAAUAAACAGUGCCAUAUGGUGAUUUUGUGCUGAAAAGAAUUUUUGAGCUAAUUGCUUAAAUUCCAGGGCUCAUUUUCAUGUGCAUCGGCACUUUACUUUAACUUGAUUAGGAAACCAAUAAUAAAGUUAACCCAACAGUCUUGGUAUUUAUAACCCACUGAGUAGGUGAAGUUAACUGACUAGCAUAUCAGGAAUUCCCAAAAAGUGUGAGAUUACGCAUGCAUUAUUCAACAAAUGAAAAUUUUUUUUUUAAAUGCAAGAAAUUGCAGAAAGUCAAAUUAUUAGACCCGUUUCUGGGAGUCCCUUCCAUGUCAUGCCUCUGAUUCACUGUGGACCGAUCUGUUUGCCUGGGUCUCCCAAUCCUGCGGGGCCCCUGUGGGUUCCAGCCCACAGCUUCUCUCAUUAAACUGUCAGCCAGCUUUCACUGGGUGUGACUAAUCCAGCCUCACUUUCGCUUCUUGAUGUCUUGGCUGGCAGGUGUUUGGUUGGUUCUCUCCCACAGGUCUACCUGCAGGAUACAAAUUUACUUAGACUGGAUAGCAUAAUAGCCUGAGUAAACAAACUUUGUGGAUAUGAGCCCGGGUCAGAUAAACAUGUAACAUUUAGAUGUUUUUAAAAGGGACCAUCUACAUACUGUUCCUUUCUGCAAAACUUUAUGAACAAUAUUUUCAUAAAUGAAGUUUAAUAAUUUCCUUUAAGCAUAUAAUGUCAGUAAUGUGAGCUGCUGCUAAAUUUCCUUGUUCUCCAUGUUAUUUGCAUAACAGUGUUUUAGAUCUGAUUAGUGAGAUUGCUAAACUCUGUUUUUGAAAAUGUGGUUUUAAAAUAUUGACAGACUAUGGACUGUGCAUCUGUUAAAAAGUGUUCUAUGCAUCUUGUCUGUUCCUAGGAUUACACCUGUAGCUGCUUUCUACCAUCGCGAAUCGUAUCAGCACAUAAUCCAUGGAAGUGCCGAUUCCUUGUGCUUUGCUGUAGUGAUACCCAGGCUUUAAUAGACAUCUUUUCAGAAACUAUAACCAGCCAACAAGUUCUAAUUUAUAGAUGUUUUCAGACUAUACUCCACAUAAGUAUCAGGAUCCAAGUAAAAAUUAUAACCGGAUUUGGUACACUUGAGCUAGAAUAUUUUCUGAUGCAAGUUGUAAAUUACUGCAACAGUAAAUCUCUGCACUGCACUAGGAGAGGGUGACUUUAAUUAUAGAAUAAUACUAGUCAGCUUACUCAAGUUGUGUCAGUCAUCCCCAAAUCUGCAUUUGCAGAGCAAACUCUCCUCUCCUUACCAAUACUAAAGCAUCUAGACUUCUAGUCUAUAAUUACAUUUGUCAGAAAUGCAAUCUAAGACCACCAGCAUUGAACUUGCAUAUAAACCUAACCUGUGGUAGUACAUCCUCUAGGACAAGCUUGAUUAAGAUUGUUCUAGUACAUUUUAGAUUGCCCUAAAUAUCAAUGUAAAUUUUUAUACAUUAGUGCUUUGUUGCCUUUUGCUUUUAGACAAUCACUUGCUAAAGAUUUUUCACAACAAAAUUUGGAAUUUUUUUGCUUUAUCAACAUUUUAAGAUUUAUGAGAUUUUGUUAAUUGGGAAUGCACUAAAUCUUGUUUUCUUCAUAGAGAUUAUCAUUUGGUGUGGACAUCUAGUGAUUGUAGAGAUUAGAGGAAUUCCAGGCUAAGCUAUCGGAUACAUUCAACACAAAUGAAUGUUAACAUGCAUUCAUCUACAUUCACAAUUUGAUGUAUUCUCUUGCUGUGUGCAUCCUUUAUCAAGCCUUAAUUUAUUAGUUCAUAGUACAUCACAUAACAUUGUCUCGGAGCAUAAAUUUCCCUAGGGUGAACCAGAUGCAUCCUGCAGCCUGAUGUUGGUGAGAAUUCUUACACUUGUGCUGUUCACACAUUUUAGACUAUUAUUGGAAAAUGGUUUUAUCCAUGUAAACACUAUUUUGAGAUUUCAGGAAGAAUUUUUUUUUUUUGCUUGAAGGAUUAAACUUUAGUGAUUACUGAGAAUGUAUUAUUGUGUAUUUAGUAUUACAAGUGUGAAGAUAGGAAAUGGAUUGCAGCAUGCAGGUUUUAAUGAUUGCUCUCUGCACAACUCAGCAUAGUGAUGUCUUCAUAUAUUUUCGAGACACGUCACAUUUGGUCCACAGAGCAUUUUUUGUCAACUAAGCACUGUGUGAAGUGUGCUACUAAAACAGAAUGUAUCUAGAAUAAAACGAUUAUGAAUGCGUUGUAUGAAACAAAUGAAGUGGAGAGAAUAUUAAAAUGCAUGACUUAC